AUGAUCUCUCCGGUAAUCACGUAUUUGGCGGCGGUUGUGCUGCUUUGGCGAAGAGGGUCCGCGCAGUAUUCCAGUGACCAGUGCAGCUGGAGAGGAAGUGGUUUAAGUCAUGAGACCCACGCGCGGGACGUGGAGCAGGUAUACCUGCGCUGUUCUCAGGGUUCCCUAGAGUGGCUUUACCCGACGGGCGCCAUAAUUGUCAACCUCCGCCCCAACACAGACCCUCCAGGCGGGACUCACCUCCACGCCUGCAUCAAGCCCUCCACAGCCUCGCGGGGAGCCACCCUUUACGUGGAGCGAUCCGGAGAGCUGAGGCUGCUCCUGACGGAGGAGGAGCAGGCUCAGGGAAAAAUUAGGUGUUUUAAUCUCCAGGAGGGGGCGCUGUUCGUGGAGGCAUCCGCUCACCUGGACAUCAGCAGGAAGAUCACAGCUUUUCAGUAUGAGCUGAUCCACAACGGUGGAGCCACGCCCGGGGAUGAGCCGUAUUCACUCACAGCUCCCUGUCGGCCCUGCUCUGAUGAGGACAUUUUAAUGGCUGUGUGCACCAGUGACUUUGUUGGGCGUGGCAGUAUUGAGGGUGUUGAGGAGGAGGCGGAGCAGGUGUCCGUGGUGGUCCAGUUGACCCGUCUGUUUCGUCAGAAGAGCGGGGUGUUUGCAGCAGGCGGCAGGGGUCGAGGGCGCGCCUGGUGGUCCGGUCGGGUGAGGACCGGACCUCGCUGCGGUGUCCAGCGCGGGGAAGGAGAUUUUCUCUUCGUCGGUUCGGUCCGCUUCGGCGAAGCCUGGUUAGGCUGUGCGCCGCGCUAUAAGGACUUCCUCCGUCUUUAUCGGGCCGCACAGGAAACAGGAACCAACCCCUGCCACAUGGACACGGCCUGAGCCUGCACCGGGUCCAGCGGAACACACACGGCGCCCGGAGCCAGCCGGGACUGGAUCCAUCCAGUGUAAACUGGUACAAACCCCAUGUCUGCUUUGGGACUACUGCUGGGACAGUUCUUAUGACAGUGGUAAUGCGGAGCCUGUGGCGAAUGUGGGCGGGCACUCAUGUUUGAUUGACAGGUGGACAGACACACACUCCCUCAGGCUCCUCCCCCGUUGCUGCGGUUUCCACGCAGCAUGGUGGAGUGGGUGGACGAAUCGUAUGGAUCAUUGGACUGUUUAUAUGAUGUUUUUCAAUUUAAAGCCAACGAACAGUUUAAAGCCAAUGUCAGUGUAAAGUUUUGUAAAAUCUGAGAUGUGUUUGGGAUGUGUAUGAGAUAAGCCUAUAUGCUGACUGUUUUGUGUG